CUGCGUGAAGCUUCAAUUCGAGAGGCGUACAAGCAAGCGAUGAGUGAGGCGUCAGAUGAGCCGCUGGUCCCCGACACUCAGUUUGACAAGUUUGAUGUGGUGAAGAAAGACGAGCAGCGACUCCUGAAGAAGGCCUCGCGGGUGAGCGAAGGCGAAGACCAUGAGGCUGCAGAGGAAGCCGUGGUUUUGGGGUUGGUGGUGCGGACCUACUGGGGCAUCAUGGAGGGGAUGGAUGAGGACGGUGAGUGAGUGAGUCCCACGCACACACAAGCACGGAGGCGUGGUGAGCCACAGACCCAUUUGUGUGUGUGUGCGUGUGUGUGUGUGUGUGUGUGUGUGUGCUUGCAGACCCAGAUGGCAUGAACCCUCAGGAGGGAGAGGUGCAGGUGGCCUGGAUGGACGGAUCGGUGCAGAACGUCGAUGCUGACAAACUAGUGCUCGGUAGCUGGGUGGCUGAGUGGGUGGAAGCAAACAAGAAACGAGGCAGACAUCCUUCCCUCCCUCCCUCUUUCCCUCCCUCCCUCCAUCAGUUGACCGUCUGUUCAUCAUGGGCGACAUUGUGCAGUCCCAGCGCCCGACCGACACGGCCACACCCCACAUCAUGGGCAUGGUCAUCGCCACACACCAAAUCAUCGACGUCAAGUAAGACACCCACACACACCCUCCCACACGUACAGGGCAGCAUUCAUCAGACCACGUAAAGUGCAACCAUUCUCCUUUCACUCAGACUGGCGCCCACGACGCCGUCGAGUGCUUUGGAGCGUCGCGGUUCGUCUGAUCGGGUGGUGCGCGAGGAGGAAUGGCACCGCAACAUACACAUCUCCCACCUCGACGACCCGCCCUUCCCUGCACGCCCGCCGCGUGUGAGGCCCCUCCACCCAUUUGUCGAAGGUACACAGACCACAAGGCCAGCAGGCCAGCACAUCCAUUGUGGCAUUGUCUAUGGCUCUGUGAAUGCAUGUGUGUGAAGGGAGCGCUGUGUGUGGUUGUGGGUGGCUGGGUGUGGUGGAGAAGCGGGCCAUCAGCUACAAGAUCAGGCUGGACGCGGGAACCCUAUACGAGCACCCCCACCGCGCCAAAGGGGUGUCGCCUGAGCUGCGGUCGGGCAUUGUCAGCGAACAGUUCCCCCUCUACCCAUCGCUGGUCAGCGAGCCAGCAAUCACAGCCGCACAACCCACGCCGACGCACACGCCUUGAUCUGUGUCAUCACUCGCUCACAGAGAGUCAAGAUCUCUGGCGAGCUGAUGCAGCGGCUCUCUCACAUGCCGGGCAACGAGGGCUUGCCGUCAGCUGGACUCACACACGGCACUGUGGAGAGCUUUGACGUGAGGGACGUGCGCGUCAACUGGGUGGCCUGCGGAUCGCUGGUACGCAGACAGACAGACAGACAAAUGCACCGCACACAACACAGACAGAGGGAGGGAGGGGAGAGAGCUGAGCUGUGUGAACAUGUGUGUUGUGUGUGUGGGCAGACCAAUCGCCUUCGGCCUCCUCGGAGGUGCCCCACCCGGGCCAUCCAGCCAACGCACUCCGGUACACCUGGCUCACAUCACACCUGUACAUAUAUCGACUCACGAUUGUGUCUGUGCGUGUGUGUGUGUAGUGAACCUCCACCUGGGCGACCCCGUCUACCUGCGCAUCGACAUCCCACCACCAGCCGACGCAUCAACAUCAAGUGAGCCGCAACGUGGUCGGAUGGAUGUCCUCCCUCCUUUAUAUAUCUCUCUCUGUGUCUGUGCGUCGACAGGCUCGUCAGUCGGUGUGUCCUCCUCCUCAGCCACCUCCUACCACUACCGGCUGGGUGUGGUGGGCGGCGUGCAGACGAGGGUGUCGGUAUUGUGGCAGGACGGCAGUGUGCAGCGUGACAUGGCGGGCAAGGAGCUCUGGCAGGUUCUGCCGCACAUCCACACAAAGGCCAUCAUGCCGGGCAUGGUACGUGAGAGCUUGGGGGGGGGGAGAAAGGAGGUGUGUGAUGUGACUGUGGAUGGUUGUGGGUGUGUCUGUCAGUAUGCGUUGCUGCGCGACCCUGGCGCAACGGAGGAGCAGAAGAGAGAAGAAGACGAGCAGGAGUUCUUCCAGGUAGCCCAACGCUCACACGCAUCCUUCCUUCCUUCGAUCCAUCCUUCUGCUCCAUAUUCCUCUCUCUCUCUCUCUCUCUCUGUGUGUGUGUGUGUGUGUGUGUGCAGUGCUACGUCAACAACCCCGCCCAGCAGCUGCAGCAAUCCUGGUGGCAAGACCUGAGCUCGGGCGGCGUCGUCCUCAGCGAGACAACCACCACCAACACGAACAACACCGCCAAGGUCACCGGCAGCACCAGCAGCCCAUCACAGGAUCUCCUGUCUUCGAUCGGUCGUCGCUUGCAGUGUCUCUCACGGGGGCCCAGGAACAGCAGCAAGGACAAGGGGAUGCGUCGCGGCCUGGUGCUGCGGAUUGUCAGGGGGGAGGCCACGGUGGCCUGGCUGGAAGAUGAAGAACAGGCCAUCGGUAAGAGACCGAGAGAGAGAGCGAAGACCAGAUGGCUCAAGUGGUGAGGUGGUUUCUGUCUUGUGGGUCGUGCGUGCAGCGCGGACGAAGGAGGUGCGCGCUCUGCCGUGGAAGCAGUCGUUGGUGCAGCCCCCGGAGUCGAGCCCACCCACACAACCACAACCAGACAGUCAAGACGCCAUCGAUGCCUUGACAGGUAGCCCCGGUAUAUGUCCCUCAUGUCUAUGUAUGUGCCCUCCCUUGUGUGAUGCAUGCGUGUGUUGCUGAUGCAGCGGUCCCCUCUGCGCCGAGCCGCAGCACCGGCACCCAGACGAUGCUCUCAAUCUCCGCUGCCUCCGAGACGCCCGCCACACCGCCCCCACCCCCAGGCCCAUACACCAACCCCUUGGACGAGUCCCAGGGCAAACUUGAGAUGGAGGCCUUCUAUGAGGCGCACCACGGUAAGACAACGGACACCAACUGUGCUCAUGUACGGUACGGUCGGCUGAUCGGUCAGAUGGAUGGUCGCAAGAGAUGGUCCGCCAGGGUUUCCCCUCGGCGGAUCCAACCCGGUCAGCUGUAUGGUCGGCCUCCUGGAGGAGCGGCGGGCUGCGUGUGCUGCAGCACCUGCCCAGGUUGUGGAGGGGCGGGAGCGGGGGCAAGGCCAACCAGACGUCUGGCGGGGGAUGGCGCAUCGAGCAGGUGCGGGUGGACCAGCUGAGGCCGUGUGAGGCCUGGCAAUACAUCCCUGGCGACUACUGCAUCCCCAGAACGGUAAGUCAGUCAGGAGGCAUCCUUGCGUGGCGUAUCUUCGUCGGAUGGAUGGAUGGAUAGAUGGGAUGGCCGGUGUGUGGGUGUGGUGUGAUGGUGUCCAGACGCUGCCGAGUGCCGACGACGACAUAUCGUCCCAGACGUUCCUGCUGAUCGUGGCUGUGAGCGGCGGCGUGGUGCACUGCCGCGACUUCAGCGGGCAGUUCUUCACCUACUUCCCCAGCGAGCUCUGCAACACCGUCUCAUUCACCCGCGGAGAAGAGGAGGUACCUACCGAUCACACACACACGCACACCCAACAAAGCCAGAGUUCAUUGAUUGCCUUGACUGUGUCAGGAGUCUGAGACCGACUCUGACGAUGACGACUCUGACGAGUCGGACCAUCACGGCGACGACCGCGACGACGAACAAGGCAAGGCAUCGCAUGGCUGGCAGAUAGAGCACAGGAAUGACAGACACCCUGCUGAUUAGGUUUGGCUGUGACUGGACUGCAGGUGGCGAGGAUAUUCCCUCGGGCAGCACCACGCCGGAUGACACAGAAGGUACGUUUGUCAGAUGGAUAGACAGACAGGCAGACGGCCGGAGACCCUGCUGUUGCGCCUCUUGUUUGUCAGACUGGGAAGAUGAGGAGUACAUUGACGAGCAGGAGAACCGACACGUGUGGCGCGGAUACGUAAGCAACCACCACACACACGAACGCGCCCACUGCACCGUUUCCGUCCCGCCGCCCCUUGCUGCCACGCACUUGUGCAGGCCCCGCCAUGGGCGCCGCGCGGAAGGCGCCGACGGGAGGAGAGUGACGACUUCUCACUGGGCGACCCCUCAUCCCCCGCCGCAUCAGGAUCGGCUCCGUCAGCACCAGCCUCAGCAUCGGCCGCAGCCGCUCCGGCCUCCCAGGAGGACGACCACGAUCCCUCGCCAAGACGGUCAAUCGUCAUGGCGGCCGCCCAGCAGGCAGCGGGUGGAGGGGGAGGGGGAGGGCACGGCAACCUCAACACACUGCGCCGGGCGGCUGAUGGGAGGUAUGUGAGGAGCCCACAGGCACACUCUCCUGGCAGGGGUCGGGUGAACCUUCUGCCGACCAGGCAAAGGAGAGGCCGUGGGGGUGGUGAUGGUGACGACGGCUCGGGAGCCUUGGCCGGCGAUGAAUGGCAGGCGUGCAACUCUGACGAUGAAGAAGAUGAGGAAGAGGACCUCGAGGGAGUGCCGUUGUUGGCUGCAGCGACAUCAGCUUCUGCCUCUGCCUCUGCCUCUGCAGCAGCAUCGGCAGCCGCAGACGGCCCGGGGCCUCCCGAGCGACGGGAGAGGGAGAGGGAAAGGGGAGAUGGCGAAAAGACGGCUGACACGUGAUAUGAGUGAUAUGAGUGGUGUGACGAGUCUUUCUUUUGCGCGUGUGCAUGAUC